AUCUACUUCCUGUCUGAACCGGAGGUUGUCAUUUGCGACUCCAGAACCGCGUCAAACUACGACGGCGUACCUCGUUACCAAGUACUACUACCAAAACAAAGCAUUUCUUUUCAUUCCUGUUGAUAUAGUUUGAAAUUCUGCGUCAACAUGUCGCAUUAUAAGGCUCCAGACCACAAGAGAGAGCAAUUUCGGAGGUACUUGGAGAAAGCUGGUGUUGUUGAUAGUCUUACUAGUGUUUUAGUGGCGCUGUAUGAACAACCGGAGAAGCCUACCAACGCUCUGGAAUUUGUCAAGCAGCACCUCGGCACCCCCGGCGGCCUAACUGCGGCGGACACGGCGGCUCUGCAGCAGGAAGUGGUGGACCUGAGGCAAAAGUGUGCCAGGCUGGAGGAGGAGAACCAGGAACUCAAAGCUAGGCUGCAGUGCGACGAGCAACCUGACGAAAGCGCGGCGCCUGCGACAGAAUAGACUCCAAACUCCAAAGGGGUUUGAUUGCCUUACAUUUUGAUG